UCCAUUCUAUUUCCACACAACCUCAAUCCGUAAGAGCUUCACCUGCUUUCUUUUCUUCCACGUUUAUCGUCUCAUUUCCUGUUGAUUCGUUAUGGCACCCAAAGCCGAGAAGAAACCCGCCGAGAAGAAGCCCGCCGAGGAGAAGAAAUCGACGGUUGCGGAGAAGGCUCCAGCCGAGAAGAAGCCCAAGGCUGGAAAGAAGCUCCCGAAGGAAGGCGGAGCCGGCGCCUCGGACAAGAAGAAGAAGCGGACCAAGAAGAGUGUUGAGACCUACAAGAUCUACAUCUUCAAGGUGCUUAAACAGGUUCACCCCGAUAUCGGGAUCUCCAGCAAGGCCAUGGGGAUCAUGAACAGCUUCAUCAAUGACAUCUUUGAGAAGCUCGCCCAAGAGGCUUCCCGGCUCGCGAGGUAUAACAAGAAGCCCACCAUCACCUCUCGGGAGAUCCAGACCGCGGUGCGUCUCGUGCUGCCUGGUGAACUCGCCAAGCACGCCGUUUCUGAGGGGACCAAGGCGGUCACCAAGUUUACUAGCUCUUAGACAUAGGUGGUGUCGGUUGAUGAUGGACUUGCUGGUUUUUUGUGUUUAGCGUUAGGGUUCGUAGAUUAAUUUAUUUAAUUCCUGUAUCUUUUGUUUUGGUUUUUUGUGCAGAAGUUGGAUCUACUCGAUCCCGUUUAUCUGUAAGGUAGAAAUGAAUUCAAUAGCUUUUUGGCUCC